GAGUAAAUUAUCGUGCAAUAUGAUUUGUCUGGCGUAUCCCUUGCUGUGUCAUGACGGUGUUCGUGCCGUGAACUUUUCACAGUCGUACAAAAGCUGCACUAGUCCUUUUAGAAACGUUACGUCUAAGAAACGCCUGUUCAUUUUUAACCUCGAGAAAAUCCAACCUAAAAUGGCUUCCGCUUCUCGUCUUACUAAAACUAAGAAGCUCAUUAUAGACUGCGAUGCAGGAAUAGAUGAUGCCCAGGCAAUUAUCUUAGCUCUUUCAUUAGACGUAGAAGUCCUUGCCAUAACAUGCGUGGCGGGAAACAUUGGUGUUGAUCAAGUGGUGAAGAAUGUGCUCAAAGUACUGGAUACAUGUGGAAGAACUGAUAUUCCAGUGUACAAAGGAGCAGAUCGUCCUCUGUUGGGUCAAGCUUUUGAACUUCCAAACUAUCAUGGAAAAGAUGGCCUUGGGGAUGCUACUGAUGCAAAGGGGCCUGAUAUGGAUUUGGUGAAGAGUACCCAUGCUGUGGCAGCCAUCUUAAACCUUGUCAACGAAAACCCAGGAGAAGUGACGAUAGCUGCUUUGGCCCCCCUAACGAACCUAGCCCUAGCUUGCCGAAUGGAUGAUGAUUUCUCCAAAAAAAUAAAAGCUAUAGAAUUGAUGGGUGGCAACAAACAUGGCAUAGGGAAUCACUUCAUCUCUGCCGAGUUUAAUUUUGGAGCUGAUCCAGAAGCAGCAUUUGUUGUGCUGGAUCAAUUUGAGUGCCCAAUUAAUAUUAUAUCUUGGGAGUUUUGUCUUGAAAACCCUAUUGAAUGGGAGUUUUUUAAUAACUACAUUGGCCUACCAACUCCUAAGUCACGUUUUCUAAAAGCAAUUUCCACAAAAAUUGCAGAUUAUGAAGCAGGAGGGCCCUGGUUAACUUGUGAUCCUUUUGCAGUGGCGGUUGCUCUUUGUCCUGAUAUUGUUUUAGAAGAUAAAAUGGUUCAUGCUACUAUUGAAUUAUCAGGGAAAGUGACAAAAGGUAUGAUGGUUAUAGAUUGGAGAGGAAAACUAGAGAAAAAGCAUAAUGUUCGACUAAUUGAGAAAGUUAAUCUAGAUCGAUUUAAAGCAUUAUUGUUAAGGUCUGUUAGCUAAGUGAAGGUGCUUGCCAAUGAAUUCAAGAAAGCUUGAAUCUUUGAAAUUGUUUACAGGAUUGUACAAUGUGCCUAAUUGAUGACUUUUAAAACUCCAGUGUAUUUGGGCUCAAGCUUGAAUCAGGGAGUUGAUUGUGUUGUGAUUCUAAUUUCUGCUUUUGUUUACCAACCUCAGAAGUGAGGCUAAGCCCACAUACACUGGAGUUUUUAGAGUCGUGAAUUGUGCCAAGUUCCAUGAAAAGGCUCUCUUGGGUUAGUGCACAUGUUGCAUUUGUCUACGAGAGUGAUUAGCCAUUCCAAGGUUGAUGAGAAAACUGAGUCGAGUCUGUAUUACAGUGCAUUGUGGGAUUGUCUUAGGGGACAAAAUAGCCACCAUUUUUGAAAUAUGUCCCCUAAAGCAGCCCCACAAUGCACUGCAAUGCCAACUCAACCUAGCUUUUCCCUCAACCUCCAAGUUGUUUACAGCUGUAUAUAACAAAAUCUGUGAGAAGCACUGGAGCAAGAGAGCCUUCUGAAGCCCAGAAUCAAGCUGAAUAAAAUUAAGUGUGAAUUUGUGGAUUGAAAUGUCAAAUAAAAUAAUAAUCCCUCUGCAAGCAGAGAUGAUAUGGAUGAAAAAUACAACCUACAGCCUAAAACCUGCCUUUGGAAAGUGCUGCAUUCGUUACUGAUAGUGUUGAACUUACUAUUGUUUUCAUUAAUGUAGAAAAACGUACUGACACUCUUCUUUGGCAUUGAGGAGUGAUUGAUUUAGCAAAGAAUUUGACCCAAUAUUAGUAGAAGAUGUUUUCUUUACAAACAGACUCAUUUUAACAUUACUGUAUAGAACGUUUUGUGGCAAAGCAGAAUGAAUAUGGGAUUCAUUCUGUCAUUGAUAAAUGAAAAAGACAGAAACACACUCCUUAAAAAAUAUUUUUAUUACAAUAAUAAAGAAAGCUGGUCUCUACAAUAUACAAAUUUACCUAUCAUCUUAAUUAUCAUUGAUUAAGUUGUGAUGAAGCCAGAAAUCAAAUUUUUUGGUGUUCUUGAAUAGAUUUCAGUUGGAAAGCAAUCUAAUUUUUUAUCUGAAAAAGAUAAAAAGUCAAUAUUUUUAAUUAAUUCCUAUAACAUUGAUAAAAUAUGAUUAUGAUGAUGAUGAUGUGAUGAAAGCCAGUUAAAUGCUGAAAAAUAUGAUCUAAUAUCCUGUAUAUCAUGUCAAGUGUUGUUUUGUAGGUUGGUUUCAUAAUUGUUAAAUAAACGUUUCUUCAACCAAAAUCAAA